ACAUCACCGUACUUGAUCACUUUGUUCGUGUUUCUCAACGUAUGGUGUUGGGGUGUCUUCAAUUUUGGUACCAUAACGGCAGGUUUACUGUUUUCUUCGACACCAAAUCAUUAAGUUCUUCGUGUGCGUGUCGUAGAAUAAAACAGUAGACAAUUACCAUCGUCUUGCUUUGCAAAAUGAAGUUUUCUGCGUUAAUAUUUUUACUAAUUUCUUUCUUCGCUGCUUCUCUUGCGGAAAUUGAAACCGAAGAUGCCGUUUUAGUACUUACAAAAGAUAAUAUCGAUGAAGCAAUUGCACAAUAUGAUUAUUUGCUUCUUGAGUUUUAUGCCCCAUGGUGUAAACAUUGCAAAGAUUUGGCUCCAGAAUAUGCCAAAGCUGCAAAGAAGUUACAGGAGAUCAAUUCCCCUGUAAAGUUAGCCAAAAUUGAUGCAACCGUGGAAACAGAAUUGGCUGAAAAACAUAAUGUUAAUGGAUACCCUACUCUUAAGUUUGUUCGUCGAGGGUUAUUUAUUCAAUAUACUGGUACCCGUAAUGCAGAUGAUAUUGUAUAUUGGGUAACAUUGAAGAUUGGCCCGCCUGCUAAAGAUUUAACGACAGUUGAUGAAGCUAAAUCAUUUCUUGAAGCACAUAAUGUUGCAAUUGUUGGAUUCUUUAAGGAUCAAGAAUCCGAUGAUGCAAAAGAAUUUAUAAAUGCUGCUAGUCUUAAUGGUGAUUAUGCAUUUGGUAUUACUAGCAAUGAGGAAGUUGUUAAAGAGUAUGACACCGAAUAUGGCAAAGUUAUUUUAUUCAAGAAGUUUGACGAUGGUAAAGAUGAGUUCACUGGAGAGCUUACUGCUGAAGCGCUCCAGAAUUUUAUCUAUGUAUACUCACUGCCGCUGGUUGUUGAAUUUAAUCAAACUACUGCUUCAAAAAUAUUCCGUGGUCAUAUUAAACAUCAUCUUCUCCUAUGCCUUAAUAAAGAAGCUGGUCACUAUGACAAGUAUGUGGAUAUGAUGAAAGAACCAGCAAAGACUUUCCGUGGAAAGGUCUUGUUUGUUACUGUUGAUACUGUUGAGGCUGAUCAUGAACGUAUUCUAGAAUAUUUUGGCUUGAAGAAGAGUGAAGUACCUGCCAUGCGUAUCAUUGAACUUGAAAAAUCUAUUAUUAAAUAUAAACCAGAGAAACCAGAAUUAUCCACUGAAAAUGUUGUAGAGUUUGUAAAUGCAUUCCUUGAUAACAAACUAAAACAACAUUUGAUAACACAAGACUUGCCUGAAGAUUGGGAUAAAAACCCUGUCAAGGUUCUUGUUGGCACUAACUUCCACGAAGUUGCACACGAUCCUAAGAAGAAUGUUUUAGUUGAAUUUUACGCUCCAUGGUGCACGCACUGCCAAGAAUUGGCUCCAGUUUAUGAAGCACUUGGAGAGAAAUAUAAGGAUAGCGAAGAUAUCCUUAUUGCGAAAGUGGAUGGUACUGCAAAUGAAUUUGAAGACAUUGAAAUUGCUGGUUUUCCCACAAUUAUUCUUUAUAAGAAAGAAACUAAUGAACCUUUAACCUAUUACGGUGAGAGAACAUUUGAAGGGCUUUCCAAAUUCCUCGAGACCAAUGGUGCUGAAAGCGAAGUUCCGCAAGAAGUUCUAGAGGAAGAUGAAGAUGACGAUGUGCCAAGGAAAGAUGAAUUAUAAAAAUUUUAUCAUUAAGAAGUAAAUGAAAUAAUUUUUCCACAUCUAUUUGCAGUUAAUAAACUCCGUAAUUCUAUUUAAAAGAUAUUAAGUCUUUGCGAACGAAUAUCAUCGGUGAAGUUGCAGAGCUAUUUUAAUGUGUAAAAUUGUAAGUCGUCGCUAUGGUGGUAAGCUGCUAUAAAAUAGGAAUAAAUAGUGGCUUGCCAGUAUUUCUCAUUUCAUAACAGAAACUAAGAACUCCAUUUACUUCAAGAUUUUCCCUUUCAUCUGUUUCAUAGUUUGUUUACUAUGAUAGCAACGGUUUUCUAUUUUAUGUACGAGAACUGAUGUUGGCUGACAGCAUCUAUUUACAAAGACUUAAUAUCUAUAGCAGACUUCUUAAUCAUUCAUUUUCAUUUUGUUAAAAUUACAAAUUUAAGUUUGUAAUCGAUUUUUCAAUGUGUAUAAUUAACUGUUAAAAAUUUAAUUGCAUUUUUCACAGAGUUUGUUUAUAUUUCAUAUUUGUGCGAAUUAUUUAAAAUUAUAUACACAAAUGUUUGUUAUUUUGGGGAUAUAAAAAUACUCUAGGAUGAAAUUACAUCGCUGAAAGAAAAAUAAUCAACAUUUAUGAUUUUGUUAGAUUAUGUAAUAGGUUCGUUCGUGUCGGCAACAGAAAAGAAUUUUGUGAUAAAUGUUUACACAGAAAAAAUGGUGUGACGCUUUUUUAAUGAAUUAUGGCAGCUCAAACUGAGCCACGAUGUUGCGACGCUUGUUUUGAUUUCUUCAGCGCGAUUGACUUUGAUGUCGUCUUACUUAACUUCUUCAUUACCUCUUCUCAAUUUACAAAUCGACUGAACAUGUUCCGUUCUGAACAUGAAGUGGCAGGCUAAUAAUACAGAGUAAUGUUGAAGAAAUCGAAAAUUUAAUCAAAUCAAAAUUCAAUUGCAAUUUAAGCUUUGCAUGAGUUGACGAAGAAGAAUUUGUUCAAUCGCAUUUCAAAAACUUUCCUGUAAACAAAUACGAACGGACUUGUUGCAGAACCUAAUAAUUUUCGGGGUAAUUCUUUAUAUAAUACGAUUAGCACAAUUUGAAUACAAUAUACGCUCCAUAUUGCUGCAAUUUUGAAACGUUACACAUAUGAUUGAAGUAAAAGAGUUAUUACUUUAAAUAUUUUAGAUUUGUGAUGAUGAAACUUGUAUAUCAGGAUAUGUUCUUCAUACAUACUUCAGGAGCAGAAAUUUGUGCCACUCGUAUUAUUUAUGAACAUUUUUUAUUCAGACUUUUUUAUAUAUAUUGUUUUGAUAUACAUAAAUUUAUUCAUUUUAUAUACUUAAUACGGAUUUAUUAUGUAUAUUUAAAUUACCACACUUGCGUCCAUAAAACGUGAACACACUAACGUUAGCAAUUACUGUGUUUGCUGUUACAAAGUAGAAAUUUUAAAACGUUGUUUUCAUAAAAUUUAUUCAGAUUCCAUUUUCAUUUACAGCAUUUAUACAGUCCAUGAUACAUUCUAAGUGAAAAUAAUUUCAGUGUUUCUCUAUGUUUGACUGAGUAAUUCCAUAGAAAGGAAUAGUAGGUUUGGGAUGUCAUGUAGUAUGAAAAAA